GCGCGCUUCGAAUGAGGUCUCUCGACAUCAGUUCCUCCGUGCGAUCCCAGGGAAAGGAACCAUCUCCGUGGACUCGAUCACCUUGCCGGCAGAAAGCGACCGUUCGUGUAGUAACCGGCGAGGACUAUUCUAGGCGACUCCACUUGUCACCACCAGAGUGUAUUUUGCGUGCUUGGAUGGAACAACGGCGGCGCAUUUUAGGAGGCUUGACACUCGUGGCUCUAAUAAUCAUGGCAAGAAUCAGUGACAAAGAAGCGGAACGUGUUCUCGAGGCAAUAACCAAUAAUGACACCUCGGACCUGGAAUUGAGUGACGAUGAGGUCGACGACCCCUCCUUCGUUGCCCCUGACACGGCACGUACUUCCCAGUGUUCGGACGAUUCCUCCAGCGAGGAAGACGAAGAGCAGGAACCUAGCAGUUCACGCUCUCUAGAUGCUACGUGGAGAACGGGCGUCCCAUAUAACUCUGCAAUCUGUAAUGUGCGAUGUCCGGCGGAUACAUUUCCGGAACGGAGGCAGCAUUGGCGGCCAAGUGAUUAUUUUGGACAGUACCUUUCAGACGCCGCCUUCGACACAAUGCAGGAAAAGACAGCUGUCGCGUUUCGCCAGAAGACCGGGAAAAUCUUGAAUUCUUCUUCGUCUGAAAUGCAAAACUUCUUAGGCGCUACACUCAUGAUGAGUUGUCUAGGGUACCCACAAAUGCGCCUCUACUGGGCACGGGGCACGAGGGUGCGAGCCAUUGCUGAUGGACUGACCCGGGACCGAUUUUUCACUUUGCGCAGCAACCUUAAAGUGGUGAAUGACCUCGAAUUCAAGGAAGAAGAUAAGAAAAAUGAUCGUCUUUGGAAAGUCCGACCGAUUCUAAACGAAGUGCAAGCUGGAUGCCGUAAGCUCCCAAGACCCCCAUACGUCUGUAUAGACGAGCAGAUCAUCCCAUUUACGGGUGUGACUACACUUAAACAGUACGUGCCUGGAAAGCCGCACCCUACCGGCUUGAAGAAUUUUGUACUUGCUAGCCCCAGUGGACUUGUCCUGGAUUUCGACAUUUACCAGGGCAAAGCUUUCAUGAAGGUUGAGAAUCGCCCAGACCUUGGGUUGGGGCCAAAUGUAGUACAGCUGUUCGCGACAACACUGCCUCUGGGUACAUCGCUCUUUUUCGACCGGUAUUUCACGACCCUGCCGCUCAUUGAACAACUAGGGAAAAUGAAUCUGCGUGGUACGGGCACAAUUAUGAAAAACCGCUUGCCAAUGACAGCGAAACUCGAGGACGACAAGACACUAGCCAAGCAAGGUAGGGGAGCGAGCUCCCAAGCCGUGAAUGUUUCAUCAAGCACAUGCCUAGUUAAAUGGAUAGACAACAAGGUCAUCACAAUUGCUUCGAAUCAUGUCGGUGAGGAACCAUUUGGAAAGUGCCGGAGAUGGUCCAAAAAACAGAAAGCCUACCAGGACGUUCGUCGGCCUGCGGUUGUGGAGGAGUACAACCGCAACAUGGGUGGGGUUGACUUGUCCGACCGGAUGUUAAGCCUGUACCCCACAACACAGCGCACGAAGAAGUGGACAGUCCGGACGAUGAUAUUCAUUGCUGAUCUUGCAGCGGUCAACUCCUGGUUGCAAUACAAAGAGGAUUCGGGGCUUCUUGGCCGACCAAAAAAAGACAUCCUUGGGCUGCUCAAAUUUAAAAUGUCACUGGCCCACUACCUAUUGUCAAAAGACAGUUGUGCUCAUGCGUUUGAUGGUCGAACGCUGUGAACAGCAGCCUGCAGAAAGCAAAACGUGGCCUAUUCAGGAGCAAAAUCAGUAGGCGAUGUUAUAUGCUUGGCAAGGGAGCCUACUACUGCCUUGCUAAGGUCAGAUAAUUUCACAACCCAACAUGUUGCUUAAAAAAAAAUGCAUGAGACAAUUUGACUAAUCGAGUUGCCUAGCCUGCUUUUUUUGUCGCUGUGCGAGAUCGUGACGUUCAUGCACAGGGGAGGAAAUGUGUCGCAUUAGGAGAAGAAAUAAACAACACCUGGUCUAACUGACGAAACUGAUAUCUAGGGUACCUUUUAACAGCCUUUUUCGAACAAGAACGCAGGCUAGAAGUAGAAAAAUCGCUCCAGCAUACGCCGCUGGCUAAGUGCUGACAACUGAGUUCUAUGUCGAUUCGCAACUGUUCAGUGAAUUAGAAAGCCGCACGAAGAGAACAGCUGCUGCUUCAGGACACGAUUCCG